AUGGUACCCUGUCCAACGGGGCGGGGCGCGGCGUGGCCGUGCCGCGCCGCGCACGGGCCGGCCGUGCGCGCGCACCGCGCGAGCUUCGGCCACACUCUCGCGUGCGGGCGCCGGUGGAGGACGGACGUCGCGGCGCAGGCGCAGACACCCGACGCCGGCAACGCGUCGCCGGACGCCCCCGCGGCCCCGCCGUCGACCACCGCGAACGGCGCCGCCUCCACCUCCACCCUACCCGCCCCCACCCCCCCCCCGCACCCCGACCCCGACGUCCUGAUCGAAGUCCGCAACGUCCACAAGUCCUUCGGCACGAAAAACAUCCUGCGCGGCUGCUCGUUCAAGGUGCGCCGCGGCGAGGCCGUCGGCAUCAUCGGCUCGUCAGGCACUGGCAAGUCGACGACCCUCCGAAUCAUGGCCGGGCUGCUCAACCCGGACGCGGGGGAGGUCUACAUCAAAGGAAUUCCGCGAAAGGGCCUCAUCGCGGACGACCCCGAGUCCACGGAGCGCCUACACGUCGGAAUGGUCUUCCAGAGCGCAGCGCUUUUCGACUCGCUCACCGUCGGGGAGAACGUCGGCUUCCUGCUGUACGAGCACACCGACAUGCCGCACCCCGAGAUCGAGCGGCGCGUCGAGGCCGCGCUCGGCAUGGUCGGCAUCACGGCCGACGUGGCGCAGAACUACCCCGCGUCGCUGUCGGGCGGGAUGAGGAAGCGCGUCGCGCUGGCGCGCGCCGUCGCCGCGCAGGGCCUCGACGAGCAGGAGACCGUGCUCAUGUACGACGAGCCGACCGCGGGGCUCGACCCCGUCGCGUCGACCGUCGUCGAGGACCUCAUGCGGGACCUGCACAAGACGAGCGGCGCGAAGGGGAUUUCGAGCUAUAUCGUCGUGACGCACCAGCACUCGACGAUCCGGCGCGCGUGCGACCGGAUUAUCUUCCUGCACCGCGGGCGCGUGGUGUGGGAGGGGAGCGCGGCGGAGUUUGACACCACGGACGAGCCUAUUGUCAGGCAGUUUGCCACGGGUAGUCUUGACGGGCCGAUCAAGUACCAGUGA